ACAUCGCAUUGGGCCAUGACGGGCCAGGAUGGGCCUACAUGUGCCCACAGGAGAGCCUCUCUUAUACAGAAGCGGCGGCAAGUCGUGCCAUCUGCCCCUUCAUACUCCAAAUUCCAGACACCCCGUGAAACCCUAGCGACUUGCACCGGCGGCGGCGGCGGCAGCGGCGAAGGAGACGAAGCAGCGGCGAAGAUGAUCUACGACGUGAACUCCCCCCUCUUCCGCUCCUUCCUCAGCCAGAAGGGUGGCGCCUCCUCCGACAAGAGGAAAAUGGAAGAGCAAAAGCCAAAGGAGCAGAGGCCCAAGGCAAGUGAGAACAAGCCUGUGAUGAAUGAAUGAAGGCUUUCUGAUGUGUUUGCUGCUCACAGCGAAUAGGUUUCAGCCAUGUGACUAUUAUGUUUCUGUACUGUUACGGUUUAAGUGAGUCGUUUAUCUGAACCAUGCCUGGGGCUUGUGAAAUUUCCCAGCAAUCAAGUUUCUUUGAAAAUUUACCUAGACGGUUUUGUUGCUGUGAGAUAAUUGGAAUGUUGCUGUGAGAUGAAGGGUUCAAACUAAAA